AUGGCUUCCAAGAUUGAAUUCGUAUUGGUUACUGGUUCUACCGGCUUCAUUGGCGCCCAUGUCGUUGAUACGCUCCUUGCCCGAGGCCUCAAAGUGCGAGGGGCCACUCGUUCACUUGCUAAAGGUGAUGAGAUGAUUCGUUCUCGACCGCAAUACGCGGGUAAACUGGAAUUCGUGCAGAUUCAAGAUUUUGAGAAUCCGGGAGGUUUGACUGAAGCCGUCGAUGGGGUUGAUGCGGUUAUUCACGUUGCCAGCCCAUUCAACUACCACAUCACAGACAACGAAAAAGAGCUCAUCAUUCCAGCAAUCAACGGCGUCCGCUUCAUGCUUGAAGCAGCCUCCAAUGCACCCAGUAUUCAGCGGGUGGUCAUUACUUCUUCUUUCGCCUCAGUAGUAGACAUCAACCGCACAGGACCGCCAGGGUUUACCUAUACAGCAGCAGACUGGAAUCCUCUAACCUACGAGGAGGCAGCAGAUCCCAAAUCGACCCCUGUCGUCGCCUAUCGUGGCUCCAAGAAAUAUGCCGAACUGGCUGCUUGGGACUUUAUCAAAGACAAGAAACCACAUUUUGACAUCGUCACUCUCUGCCCGCCCAUGGUCUUUGGACCCAUAGCGCACCCGAUCAAAAGUUUGGACCAUUUGAACGAGUCAAAUGCAGCUCUGUGGGAAAUUGCGCAGGGCUCCAGCCCAUUUCCAACAGCCCGUGUCCCCUUUUGGAUUGAUGUCCGAGAUCUAGCAACUGCUCAUGUCGAAGCUGCUCUUCGAAAGGAAGCCGGUGGCAAGAGAUAUACGCCUGCCUCACCGGAACGGUGGUCAUAUGCUCUUGCAGCUCAACAUAUGGUCUCUGGGUUCCCGGAAUUGCGUGAUAUGAUAAAAUUGGAGGAACAGGUUAUUGAUGAUACCCUCAGUCUAGAUGGUGAGACUGCUGCGAAGCAAUUUGGGUAUCAAUGCCGCAAGUUUGAGGAGACGAUACGUGAUUUUAUGGUGCAAUGCUUGGCUACAAAGGCAAAGGAUGGUGCUUAA